UGGCAGUUGUGCAUCAUGAAAGAUGACCCAGCAGAGGCAGAGCUAAUUUUGCGUGAUGCUCUUCAUCUUGCCUGUAAGAGUGAUAACAAGAAGGCCAUCACUUACACUUACGAUUGGGUGGGAAAACUUUUUAAGCCAACAAUGAGUUACCUGCUUGGAAGGGCCAUGGAACAGGAAGACAAUGCAAUAAUAGAAAUCUCUCUAAAGCUGGCCACUAUUUAUGCUGCUCAGAAUAGACAGGAAUUGGCUCUUGUUGGUUAUGAAUUCUGCAUUUCAACUCUAGAGGAAAAAAUUGAAAGAGAAAAGGAAUUAUCAGAAGACACUUUGUCAGUGGAAGAGAAAGCCAACACCCAUCUCCCCUUGGGCACGUGCCUAGACACCCAUGCCCGCUACCUUCUGUUCUCCAAGCAGCCAUCACAGGCACAAAGGAUGAAUGAAAAAGCUUUGCAGAUUUCUGAAGAAAUACUAGGAGAAAGACACCCACAGACCAUCGUGCUGCUGAGUGACCUGGCCACCACCCUGGAUGCACAGGGCCGCUCCGAUGAGGCCUGUGUUCACGUGCAGAGGGCAUCAGACCUGGCAAGACAGGUGGGGCACCCUGAGCUCCACGUGCUGCUCAGGAAUCUAACUGCGAUCCUGAUGCACAGAGAACAUGCACAAGCAGAAGAGAUCUACCAGGAAGCACUGAAGCGAGCAAAGCUGAAAAGAGAUGAGGUUUCUCUGCAGCACAUCAGGGAAGAACUGGCUGAGAUGUCAAGAAAAAGGAGACCUUUGUCGUAACCUUAUCAAGCUCUAGACCUCUUUUUGUUGUAGGGAAUUUAUAGUAACACCUCUUUCUCUAGUCCCAGUGGCACCCUGAUCAAUGGCUUAAAUUCCUUAUCCUUGAUACUCAAGUCCCCUCAACUUAGCCUUGCU